AUGUAAAGCUAAAAAGAUUAUUAAUAAUUAUUACAGGAGGUGGAUAAUAUGAUCUAGGAGAUUCAGAAAUUAAGAUUGGGUAAUGGAUUGAACUUAGAGAGGGGUUUUUGGAGAAAUCUUAAAUAACAUAUUGUGGGGAAUAUGAGAAGCGUAAAAAGUUGGGGAAUGGAAUAAUUUUUAUAAGUAAGAAAUUAUGUAAAUAUAAAUGUUAUAUCAUUAAUUUAGUGGUGGUGGAAAAUAUGA